AACACAUGUUUGCUAACUGUUGUUGGGACUCACUAAUGAUUGUGAGUACUGAUGGCUGUUGGAAAGAAGCUGUCUCUCAGCCUGGUGGUUCUGGUCUUGGCAGCUCUACGCCGCCUGCCAGAGGGCAAGAGUUCAAAAAACUGAUGACCCUCACAGUUGUUUUUCCUGAGGAGCCUCAGAAAGUGCAGUCUCUGUUGAGCUUUCUUGAUAGUCGCAGUGGUGUUAGCUGUCCAGGAGAGCGACUACAGCACGGCACGAGGCGACGCCAUCAUGUCCCCGCGGCAGAUCCCCGCGCACUCCCUGCGUCUCUUCCCGCCGCUGCUUCUGCUGUUGGCAGCGGAACACCAGUGUCUCGCGGUCCGUCCGUUGCUCGUGUUCCUUAUCGACGGUUUCCGCUAUGACUACAUGGAUGACCUGCACACGCUGACCGGAUUCCGCGAGCUCGUGAGCAGUGGGGUGAAGGUGGACUAUAUGACGCCGGACUUCCCGAGUUUAUCAUAUCCUAACUACUACUCAUUAAUGACAGGCCGUCACUGUGAUGUUCAUCACAUGACUGGAAACUACAUGUGGGAUGAAGCCUCCAAGAAGGAGUUUCUGAUUGGGACCAAUCCUGAUAGCCGUUUGCCUCUUUGGUGGGAUGGAUCAGAGCCAUUAUGGGUCACCCUGCAGAAGCUUGGGAAGAAGGUUUUCAUGUACUACUGGCCUGGCUGCGAGGUAGAGAUUCUCGGUGUCCGUCCAUCUUUCUGUGAAGAAUAUGUUUACAACCCAUCGGAGAAAAACCUCACAGACUCAAUAGAGAAUGCUCUCAGUGUCCUGAGGUUAGGCCAAGCAGACAUGGCAGCUAUAUAUUAUGAGAAAAUAGAUGUGGAGGGCCAUCACUUUGGUCCAGACUCUCAUCAGGUCAGAACAGCUGUCCAACAACUGGAUCUUGCCAUGCAGACACUCAACAGCAAAAUCAAAGAGAUGGACAUGGUGAACCAGCUGAACAUUGUGUUGUUUUCAGACCAUGGUAUGACAAAGAUCCAGUGGAUGGAGAAAGUCAUAGAGCUGGACAAGUAUCUCAACAUGUCAGACAUUGUCAAGAUGAUGGACAGAGGACCAGUAGUCAGUCUGUGGCCUAAAGAUAACAAGUACCAAGAGGUGUAUGCUGCUCUGUCUCCAGUCCCUAACAUGCGUGUCUAUGGGAGACAGGAGAUUCCUGAACGUUUUCAUUACAGAGGAGGGAAGUUUGUCGCCCCUCUGACACUGCUGGCUGAGCCGGGAUGGUUCAUCGCUGAGAACAAAGAAAAACUCCCAUACUGGAAAAAUGAGUCUGGGGAGUCCUCAGCAUGGCAGAAUGGCUGGCAUGGUUAUGACAACGAAUUCCUUGACAUGAGAGGCUUUUUCGUGGCAACAGGACCUGACUUCAAGCGUAAUGUUCGGGUGGCUCCAAUUCGAGCGGUGGACAUCUAUAACUUGAUGUGCUGGACAUUGGGAGUGGAACCUUUGCCCAAUAAUGGGUCCUGGUCUCGGGUAGAGUACCUUCUGAAUGGCUCUGAUGAUCCAUGCCAGCCCAUAACCCUCUGUACCUGCUGCUUGUUAGGAAUACUGCUAGCACAAUUGGCCUAAAACAUUUAAUAGUUCAGUGAGUACAGCAUCUGACAGUAGAGAGAAAUUAUAUUCUAGAAAGAGUUAGAACAUUAAACCAUUUAGAGGUUAAUGCAUCUGAAAGGAAGGGAAAAAAGCUCUUUCUUCAGCUUUUCUCAUCUGAUCAAAAUGAAGUGGUACAGAACAGUUUGGUAGAUUUAAUACAUGAAUCAAAAUCUUUCCACCUGUGCAUUUUCACUGUUUUGGCUUUCUUUUGAUAAUCAUUCAGUCAUAGUAAAACAUGAAAUGUUAUACAACAUGUCAGCAGGACUCUCACUCUAUUCCCCCUUUUAAUUAUUUCCAAGUGAAAAGUUUCUUUAUAGGAAACUUUCUAGGAAUUUAUACAGAAUUAUUUUACAGACUAAUAAAAGAAUCGCUAUGAUUUCUGGGCAUCUGUUAAAAAGCUCUUCUCUCUUGUCUUGACAUUUCUGGAUCAGAUCUUGGAACAAAAAACAUACAGAAUCAAAACCUGCUUAGCCACAUCAGACUCAGUCAUUUUGGAAAUCACAGAAGAGCAUUUUUAAGCUGAUAGACUUCAUACAGUAAAGGAUGCUGAUUUUUCCUUCUUUUCAUGUGUGUAACAACCAGAACUUGUAUUACAGGGAACGAUAUAAGCUAUACUUUUUUAAUUGGUAAAGCACAAAUAUGUGUAGAUGUAAUGAAGCCCCAAUUUUCCCAGAUACUUUUCUUCCCUUUUUACUCUCGGGUUCUUUUAAAAUGUUGUGUAAAGGUCUGUAUGGUGUAUGAUUAUAAUUGGGGUCCUUGUUUUAAUUUAGCUAUUCAUGACUUUAUUUUGCAUCUCUAAGACAUGGUUUGUAAUAAGUGCUUUAUAAAUAAAUGUACCCUGAUUUGGAAACAA